GGGAAAGGAUAAUUUCUGGACUUCAAUGAUGACGGUACCCAGAAGAGCAAGAUACAGUUCAUCACAGUCAAUUUCGAACAGAUUUUGGAUAUUCCAAAUGAAGAAUUCAGGUAUAAUCAAAGAUUUUUGCAAGAAAAUCAUAUCAACGAGAUCUAUGAAGCCAUGGUCACAUCAGGUGAAGCGGCCAUUCGUGAAAGGACAACGAGCGGGAUGGACUUGAGCACAUGUCCGAUGUACGAGAAACCCGUGUUGUUGCUAGUUGCGCUGCAUGACCAGCUGCAUACAGAUUCGUCGGGAGAAGUCGUGCGCGCAACGAGAGUCACUUCCGCUGAGUUCCACGAGACAUCACUGGAAGAGUACUUCUGGUACCCUCUCAGUGGUCAACACAACGUAGCAGCAGCAAGAAGAUGUCUCCACGAACAUCCGGCUGUGGCGAAAGAAUUGCGGCUGGAUACAUGGACAGCCAGACCAGUAUAUUAUCCCGACCAGUUCAUGGACCACUAUGGGACGUUGAGCACGUUCCAGAAUGCAAAGGACAAGUGGAACACUUCACCUCACCAGAGCUCCGUGGUUCGGGAUAUCAGGAAGUUGUGGAAGGCGUCUGCUUGUCCUGAUGCGAAAGGUGGGCAGGGGGCUGAAGAGAAAAAUGCGGGAUAUAGAAAGUUUGCGGGGGAGGCACUUAGGGUGACCGGCGUAAAUCAUUACGUUGAUAUGUCACUCGGUCCGUGGAGUUCGGUGUGGCCCGAUGUCCUUGGUCCUUACAUGAUCUUAGCUAGGGCCUCGGAAGAUGUGUACGAUAGCGUAAUGAACGUCUAUGCGGUUUGGGAACGCAGUCAACUGCCGGAAAGAGACGCUGUGAAGCCUGCCACCAAACAGGGUGAAGCGGGGAAAGCUCAAAAGCUAGAUACCCGGAUGGUGGUCAUUAUGUACUCCAAUGAUGGUGACUACCAUCGCAACACAAUUCCUUUGUUUGAAGAUAUCCAACCAGCGGAGCCGUCUUCCAGUUCACGAGCAACUGACACUUUGACACUUGCGAGGCGAGAGCGAAAGCCGAAGUUGCUGAUGGAUGUAAUAGAGAAAAACUUUCAGCCAACGAAGUGGAAAAGUGCGGGCUUAGAGCCGAAAGAGAAAGUGGUGUACGAAGGAAUGGAAAGGGAGCUGAACUCAAUGGUCGAGACGGUGGAGCACUUCUGUCCAGCAGAUAAAGUUGUUAUGUUUCUGGGGAAGGGUCAUCCGGCUUUGGUGUGGGAGCUAUUGAAAAGCCAUCGCCAUAACAUUGUCUUAGAAGGCGAGGACAUGAAGUUUGACUUCCUUGUGCAAUUCGUAAAGCAGAUGGUCGGCGUUCGAGAUUAUCAUGCAAAAUUCAUCAAGCCACCACCUCGCCAUGACGAAGCUCGUGAUUUUGUGUACAAGUUUGACGCUGAUGACUCUGAAGAGGAAAGUGUCGAUGGUACUUUGCAAGUGGUCUUGGCAAGUGAAAGGCAAAAGGUCACUCCCUCUUCUUCUCAGAAGAUGGCUACAGCAGGGACGUCAUCAGGGACUCCUUCAAUUGGUACUUCUGGUGUUGCGGUUGCCGGUGCAAUGACUCUUCCACUAGUUACACCUCCUGCCGGCACCGCUGCUUUAGGAGUGUCAUCAUCUGCGGGAUUGAUGUCCGAUCCAGCGGCGGUCUUUAGAGCUUUGUUCGGUGCUGAAGCCUCUCCCGAGUUAAUAUCGAGUUUCCAAGGAUUAGUACAAAGCCCUGCUUUGUUGCAACGUCUUCUUUCUCAGCCCACACAAGCAGCACCUGCAAAGGAGUUGGAGUACGAGUAUGAGAUCGGGGAUACGAUCCCUGCGGACAUCGCCCAAUUGACGGGUCCUAUCGUUUGUCAAGAUGACCAUACGGUGAUGGAAGCUGAUAAGUGGAGUCACGACAUCGUGUGGCAUCCAGGACAUUUUCAACCGGCAUUGGCAAAAGGAAAAUGGGUGAUGGCAAUAAAAGAAGAUAGGCAGUGGCAAUUUUGCUCUCACCGACGUAUGCCACAAUCAAGGUUUUAUACACAUGCAAAAAAUCAGAUCAGGAUGCGGCUUGCUCGACUCAAUCUAAAUGUUUCUGCAUCGAGAGUGGACAUAAGGACGAAGGAGGUUUUUCAGGAGCUCAAGGCAUUGCGAAGACUUGAGUACUUGAAAAUUUUUUAUGAUAGACAAACAAGCCCGACAUUUGGAUACAACUGGCGUAUUGAUGAGGGCAACGAGGGCGACGAGACCGGUGGGAAAAGGGGACAAGGUCGUGGUGGUGGAGCGAGUGGAGAGGGAGGUGAACACCCAAGUGGUGACGAGGGAGGAGGUGACGAGGGAGGACGUGAUAAGGGAGGGAGUGGUGAGGGUGGAGGAACAUCAGAAGCGCCUAGAUACAGUCAGCCAACAACAGACACUUCAGAAGGGCAAGCCCAUCGUCACCAUGAAGGAAGCGGCAAUGGUGUAGGAGGGCAUAUCGACAUUCGUGGUUUGCCGCAGGUCAAGCUGUCUACUGCAGUGGAACAGGUUGACGAAGGAUGUGAAGGUGGGCAAAGUGUCACCACAACACUCACAAGUGCCACUGUGACAGAUAUUGAACGGUGUGAUGCCAGUGGCGCAAGUGUCUUCCCCGUUGCCGAGAAGGCUAAUAUUGGUAGCCCGCAAGGUCAUAUGUGGAUGUCAAUGGAUAUUUUGUCAUAUGGGUUGGGAAGCCAAGGGCGGCUCAGGGCAUCAUUGGAUGAAACCAUGUACCUGGAGGAAACGGAACUACAAGUCGAGCCUCGCACUCCACUCGAUGAAGAGACACUCAGAGGCGACUUAGAGAUUCCAACAGAAUUUCGAAGCCCGAUAUCAGCGGAAACGGCACAACGAGGGUCUCAGGAGGCGCGUACUGUAACAGGCUACCAGGAGGAAGCUAUGUUUGCACCGGGCGGCGAGCCUAACAGCCCAUUUGAUGAAGAGACCCCUGGCGGCGACUUCGAAACUCGUAUCGGAGGGUCUCAAGAUUCGCCUAUUGUAUCCGUUACUGCUGGGACGAACGACACUCUUGAGGGGCUUGUGGGGAAAGAAGCAAUCCGAGUACCGGACAUCGAAGAGGAUGAAGGACAUAUUGUACUGACUACUCCAGAGCAACACACACCUGUGGAGGAAGGACAAGAGAGUACACUUCAGACUCCUGUACAGCAGUUCAGCCCAUCUGUUAAAGUGAUAAACAUCGAAGAAUCCCCUCUCACAUCAAGACAGUUCAGAGGUGCAAAAGAAGACUGUGCUCAAGGGAAAAUCGCAGUUAGUUGCCGAGGUCUGCGUAAAGGACUGUGGAAAGCCCCUCGCGUGCACUCGCAAAGGAACAGUGACAAUAAUAUUAUACGUCGUGGUUUGCAAGCCUUGUCAACGCUGCCAUUGUUGCCCAAAACAGCUAAAAGACGAGCGGAACCUGUGACGAUCCCAUUUGUGAAGCCACCUGCUCUAAGGAUGUUUAAAGCUGUGGGAAUAGGGACGAAACAAGGAAAGAAAUUGCACCGUGAAGUUUGCAUAGUGUGUGUUGUGGAAAGCGGCAGCGACAGCGAAGUAGGCAAACAAGCACCGUCAUGAACUUCGUGUCCGCUUUUUAUAUCUUGUAUGGAAGUCUUAGACAUACCGUUGUUGUUUACCUGUGUGUUUGUAUGCAGUGCCUGGCCGAUCGU